AUGCCUCUCGGUCCCCAUUUGGAGUUUCAAGGGCCUCCCCGGCCUCCGUUCCCACCAUUGUCCCCGGGGUUCUACCGUUGCAGUGAAACCACAGGUGGUGGCUCACAAACUCGAGCGGGUGUGGCUCCACCGGAUGGGGUGAGGCCCCAGGCCUACCCGUACCGAGAAGGCUGGACCAAAUGCCGGUAUUUGCUUCCGCACUGCUCGACGGUGUUGACCAAAUCAACACGUACUGUGUAUGCGACAAGUUCGAUGCCCAAGACGGCUCCGGUGGGAACUCAAUGGUUGGUCUUGUCGAAAAUGCUUACGGCUAUCUACAGCAUCUGGGUGUUAUCUACGCUAGCGUUUCUGUGA